GCUAGGAUUCUAAUCCAGCACAUCAGUUAAAACUAAAUCACAUCCUUAAUUCCAGUGAACGGAGCACCUGAAAGCUGCCAUAUAUGUCACAGUCUACUGAAAAAGAGCCAGCAGCAAUGGAUCAUGAAUUCAACAAAGCUGCCUGGCCCAAACCAGCAGGAGGCUAUCAGACCAUUACAGGCAGGAGAUACGGAAGAAGACAUGCAUAUGUUAGCUUUAAACCAUGUAUGACUAGGCAUGAAAGGAGUUUGGGUCGGGCUGGUGAUGACUACGAAGUGUUGGAACUAGGUGAUAUUCCAAAGGAAAAUUCCUCAGGUUCCAAUCCAGUGGAUCAAGAUCACCAUUCUUUACCCAUUGACACUUUAUCUGAGAAAAGUAAAACAGAGAUUGCAGCUGGUGAUUCAGCCUUGAAUCAGCCCAGUGAGAACAACCCUCCUUUUGUGGCAGCACUUUAUAGUCAGGGAGGCAGGGAAUCCCUAGGAAGAAGUCCGCAUCUUCAUAAUCACUCAGAGAGAGAAUAUUUUUCAGCAGGUUAUAAUGCUUUACGGCAUGAAAAUGGAAUUGUAUUGGUUCAUACUGACUCUUACGGUCCAGCUAGCAUACACAGAGAGGAUAAUGAUUAUCUUCAGCUUUCCACACAAGUUGUGGAGGCUGAUAGAUACAAGGAAGCAUCAGGUAAUACAGUGUUUGGAUUGGAAAAUGGAAAGGUAGGAGGAUACUCUGGUCUUUCAUUUCCAGCUCCUUUUUCAAAUUGUGAAAUGAGAGAUAAGCUGGAAGAGUUAGAGUCAUCACCUUUAGUGAAAAGUUCUUGUGGGGAUGCUGAGUUAGUUCAUCAGAGCAAUCAGGAAUUUCUGAUGUCGUCUUCUAAAGAUGAGAUCAUUAGAAAGAAAAAACAAAAUAAUAGUAGCCAGGAGAGACUGAGAGAAACUUCCUCUGAAGAUUCAGCCCAUGCUCUGGGUCAUGUUAAGAGUGAACAAAACUUAAGAGAUAGGCCUAAGAACCAGGGUCGUUCUUCUGAACAGGUAGUGAGACCCAAAGUUAGAAAAGUAGUAAGUUCUGGCCAGUUGGAUCAAGACGCAGGUCUUAGUAGGCAUGAUGCCAAACAAAGAAGUGUCCAGAGGUGGAGGGAGGCUUUGGAAGUUGAGGCAAACAGCUCAGAUGACCUCCUCAUUAAGUGUGAUGACUAUGAUGGAGAACAUGAUUGCUUGUUCUUGGAUCCGCCAUACUCAAGACUUACAUCAAGGGAAACAGAAAAUAACCACGUGGCAGCAGAAAAUGGAGCUACAGCUGGAAGGCAAGACGUUGUAGACAACAUCUUUUGGAAUGACUGUGGAGAUUACUACCAGCUCUACGACAAAGAUGAAGACAGCUCAGAAUGCAGCGAUGGAGAGUGGUCUGCUUCUUUGCCCCAUCGGUUUUCUGGUGCAGAGAAGGAUCAGUCCUCAAGUGAUGAGAGCUGGGAGACGCUGGCAGGAAAAGAUGAGAAUGAACCUGAAUUACAGAGUGAUAGCAGUGGUCCUGAAGAAGAAAACCCAGAAUUAUCUCUUCAGGAAGGGGAGCAAGCAUCCUUGGAAGAGGGAGAAAUUCCUUGGCUGCAGUACAGUGAAGUCAACGAAAGCAGCAGUGACGAGGGGAAUGAGCCUGCUAAUGAAUUUGCACAGCCAGAGGCUUUUAUGUUGGACGGCAACAACAACCUUGAGGAUGACUCCAGUGUGAGCGAGGAUCUGGAUGUGGACUGGAGCCUCUUUGAUGGCUUCGCAGACGGACUGGGAGUUGCUGAGGCGAUUUCUUAUGUGGAUCCUCAGUUCCUCACGUACAUGGCACUUGAAGAACGUUUAGCCCAGGCUAUGGAGACUGCCCUGGCACAUUUAGAGUCUCUUGCAGUAGAUGUGGAAGUAGCCAACCCACCUGCUAGUAAAGAGAGCAUUGAUGGGCUUCCAGAAACUCUUGUUCUUGAGGACCACACAGCUAUUGGCCAGGAGCAGUGUUGUCCAAUCUGCUGCAGUGAGUAUGUCAAGGACGACAUAGCAACCGAGCUGCCCUGUCACCAUUUCUUUCACAAACCAUGCGUCUCAAUUUGGCUUCAGAAGUCAGGAACGUGUCCUGUGUGCCGCCGUCAUUUCCCACCUGCUGUUGUCGAAGCCUCUGCAGCUGCUCCCUCAGAGCCUGACCAGGACACCCCACCUUCCAAUGACAGUACUGCAGAAGCCUCUUAAACCUACACGUGAAGGAGAUCAGUGUAUCGAGUAAAUCAGCAAAUUCCUUCCAAACCCAACAUGCAGAUAAUUAUAUAUAAGUAUAUUAAAAUGCUAUAUAGUCUCCACCAUAGUUUAGAAAGAGGCUCAUCUUUCUAAACUAAACUUAGGUUGCAGGAACUACCAAACAUUUUCUAGCUGAAUGUUGAAGCAGUGCAUCCAUUUUCCUUAGUUGAAUAUGUUGGCAUUUAACUGUCAAGUCAAGCUUUAUCAAUCAAUUCUUUCCAGAAGAAAUAAUCAUCUAUGUGGCAUACAAUAUUGGCUUUGUCUACAGUAUUGCCACUAAGUGAUUAUGAUUAAGCUCUCCUAUUUGCAUCAAAUGUGUAGACUGUGAUCACAACAGUGGUAAAGUUUGGUUUCAUUGGAAAUAAAAAGAAUUCUAAAACAUUAUUUUCAUUGGUUCCUUUGCCAUUGCCAUAUUAAACCUCUUGGUUAAUAAUACUGAGUGUUUUGGGGGGAAAGUUUCUAUUCUUCCAUUCUCAUUUAAAAUUAGAACUUUUUAGAAUGCCAGACAAAAGGACUAGAAUUCUGAUGAGAAAAUUACUAAUUUUAAAACCUGAAAUGGUAGAUAAUAAAAUAAGUUAUUUUUUUCAAAUGGUAGAUGUGCUAAUACAAUACUAAUAAAACAUAUGGCAUUAUUAUCAUAGCCAGCGCUAGAAAGAAAAUCAACAAAGCAUAAGAACUGUGGUGCUCAGUACUUUUAGGUGAAUAGGUGGCCUCAGGAGAUACUUUGUACUUGGAUAAAGUUAUACUUGAAGGGCCAGAACACUUUUGGCAUAUUAAUUUAAUAAAUACUGGGUAACUUAUAUCAUCUAACUUUGGCUUGAAAUAUUUUGGAAAGUGUGAAAACAUGCAUAAAUGCUUUAACAUUUAUUCUGUUAUAUUUUUGAAGGAAAUUAUGAAUCUUUCAGAAAGCUAGAAUGUUAAUUUUACUAACUUGAAUGAAAGAUGAAACCGUUGGGACUAUUUAUGACCGUAAUACCAUCUUUAAAUCUAAACUAUACUUAUAAUCAAUUCCUUUAAAGUAUUUUUGAAUAAGGAGUUUUAAAUCUUAUUAAGGUAUUUUUUUUUUAACUUAAUGUGUUAUGGUAAAAUCAUUUACCUGGAGCUAAAGUAAAAAUAGGUAGUUAAAAGUAGCCAAAUUACUCUAUGGGUGAAAAGAGAACAGAUAGGAGGAUUUCCUGGUGUGAAUAAAAACAAAUACAUAUUAUAAUUCCUUUUUUUUUUCCUUUUUCUAAAGAGAUAAGAGAUUCUGACCUCAGAUUUACUCUUUAUAUGAGUUCUUUUCACAAAUGUUUACUAAAACAAGGAAAACAGCUUUACUUAUUCUUUUUUAUUGACAUAGACAUAUUGGGUCAUUUUUAUAAUUGCAUAAUCCCAAAUUGCAAUUAUGUAGCUUUCCUUUUAUGUGAUAAUACUUAGUACACAAAUAUGCACAAAUCUGGAAAUAAUAUUUAGCUUCCAUAUAUGAUCUGAGAUCAGCAUCCAAGAAUGAUGGUCAUUAGAAUACACUUGAGCAAGGAAAAUAACAAAGUACUUGGUAAAUUCACAUCAAUCCAAGUAGUACAUUAUUUAGUCUGGACACACAAAAAGCAGAAUUACGUUUUAUUUGUGUAAUUCUUCUGGGUAUUUAUAUUCUAUUUUAUCUGUUCAUAAACGAAGUUUUGCUGUUGGCACAUUGGAGGCUUAAUACAACACUUGCAUUCUAAUUUUUGCAUAUAUUGUAAAUCUGUCUGGUAUUUCCAGCAAAAAUACCAUGUAUCCUCUUAUGGGUAAAAGGAACUGAACAGUGCAUGCAUGUAAUGUGAGUUUGUAACUUAGGGAUUCUUUGGGGCUUCUGUGACUUUGGAAAUGCUUACAUUCAGGCCUUAAUACUGCAUUAGCUAGCAUGUUCUCCUUCUGAUGUAUAUAGUCACAUUGUAAAAACUUAUAUUUGCUUGUUUUCUACUCUGUGAUCUCUCCAUACCACAUUUUAAUGAUGAUUGGUUAGUGUCAACCAUUCAAAUCAGAUUAAAAUUAAUUCUCAGUAUAUAUUGUGGAAAUUUGUGGUUAGUGUAAUUCUUUUUGUUAAUUUUCAAAACUUUGUGGCUAGUGAUUUUUUUUCCCUUUAAUAUUUAUCUGUUGUGGCACUUACUGGUUAAACUGACAUUGCUACAGAUUUCUCUACAAUAAGCCACACAUUAUAUUUAGGCAGUUUUAAGGGACUUUGAUUUUCUUCUUGUAGAUAGCAGCUGUCCCCCAAAGAAGAUAUUUCUUUUUCACCUAUUAAAGUAUAAUUGUUUUUAAGAGGUUUUGGUUCCAAACUCAGCAGUAUUGAGAAAUCAGUUGAAGAUAGCUUUUGUACAUUUUGCUUUAAAUCUAUUCCUGACCUUCAUUCUUGGCUACCCAUUUAUCUCUAAACAGCUGCUAUGAAGGAGAAAAGUUGAACGAGUUGACUUAAACGUUUUCAUUAAAAAAAGAUUGAGGUUUUAGCGUUUUUAUUGUAACAAACUGAUACAUGCUAAGACUAUUAAGUUCAAAUACCAAAAUAACUUGGAUCUUUUUGAGAAAGUUAAGACUGUAAGAAAUUAGAAAUAAGUAUGAAUGUUAAUGGAAAAUACUAUUUUUCUCAUUUCUCUAUUGACUUGAUCUAAUUUUAUUUUUUUAAACAUUUUCUUUUCUUCUUAAAUGAAUGCCUAUAUUUAAAGGUAGAUCCAUGUGAUUUUCUUUUGUGUUUAAUUGUUUAAUCUUAAAGCUAACUAACUCUUAAGAUUAUUGUGAUCUGGAUUGAUCUGAAUUUAUAUAUAAGCUUUUAAAUAUAUAUGAACUGUUAAAAUGGAAUGCAAGUUUUUCAAAAGCCCAGGUCUAAAUGUAAUGGUUGGUUUAUUCUACCAUGCUCGUUCAUCAUUUUUCAUGUAAAUCAUUAACAAUAAACAGGAUAUACUCAGUGGUCUUUUAAUAUUUA